AUAAAUUUCUUCACUUUCAAAUAUUCUUUCUUUUACUCUUAUGUCUCUAAUUCCUGCAAAAUCUCUCUGUUUUACUCAAUUGUGCCCCCUCCUCCUCUUAGUACAUACUUCAUCUAUAUUUAAUUAUCACAGUUUCUAUAUAAGAGUUCUACAUUCUCUAAGUCUUAUUCUCUGAACUUCUAGCCUUUACUUUUUAGUUGCUCAAAUUCCGAAAUAAGUAUAGUCUAUAAUGAAUUACUUUAGAUCUAUUAAAGAGCUCUAAUGCUUAUCAUUCACAAAACAAGAUCUACUCUUUUUUUUUCCUAUUGUUUCUUGAAUUUUCCUUGGGUAUUGGAAAGUUGGGUUGUCUUUUCUAGAUUCCUCACCUCACUUAUUGUCAAAAAAAAAAACAAGAUAUUCCCUUCCUAUGCUUGUUGAAUAAAUGCUAUUGAGGCCAUAAAAGACUCAUCAUUUCCUCUUCUUUUACCCAGAAAGAAAACAAAGAGGGGGUUUUACUUUUUUAUUUCUCCAUUAUAUAUGAUCAAGAAAAUAUGAAGAGGGAAAUGGGAUUUUUAUCCCCUGCAACAUAUAUCAAGAAUUCAAGCUGGUUAUUUGAGGAAAACAAGGUAACAAAAUGGACAGCUGAAGAGAACAAGAUGUUUGAAGAUGCACUUGCUUUAUUUGAUAAAGAUACUCCAGAUAAAUGGUACAAUGUAGCAGCAAUGAUCCCUGGUAAAACAGUGAAUGAUGUGAUCAAACAGUAUAGAGAAUUAGUAGAAGAUAUUAGUGAUAUUGAGGCUGGCUUAAUUCCAGUACCUGGCUACACAACUAGUAAUUCUUUUACAUUAGAGUGGGUUAAUAAUCAAGAUGGAUUUAAGCAAUUUUAUGGUCAAACUGGAAAACGGGGCGCCAAUCGAUCUUCUGAACAUGAAAGGAAGAAGGGUGUGCCAUGGACUGAGGAAGAACACAGGCAAUUUCUGUUGGGGCUGAAAAAGUAUGGAAAAGGAGACUGGAGAAAUAUAUCUCGCAAUUUUGUGACCACAAGAACUCCAACACAAGUAGCUAGCCAUGCUCAGAAAUACUUUAUUAGGCAGCUUUCUGGUGGAAAAGAUAAAAGAAGAUCAAGCAUACAUGAUAUCACUGUUGUCAAUCUUUCUGAAUCCAAGUCUACUUCCCCUGAGAAUCAUUCACAACAACAACACCAUUCAAUGGUGAAAACACUAUGUGACUAUAAUUCACCAAAUCAAGAAGACAUUACAUUCAACUCAUCAAGUGGUGAUCUAAUCACCACGCCUUUUCGAGGGGUUUCAUCGUAUGGCCUCGAGCAUGGAAUGCACAGCAUUACUCUACAAAGUCUCCAGUUUGGCAAUUACAAUACUAUGUGUUGAGAUUCAAUGUUAGUCCAUGUCUGUCAAGAGGAACAGUGCGGAUUCAUAUAGCCGAACCCAACUUGUUUGGGAUUGAGGAGUAGAUGUUGUUGUCGUUUGUCAAGAACCGAAGCAAAAAUUGCUACUACUAGAAAGAUGUAAGCUUUAGUUAGUUCAUAUUGCAACCAAAAAAGGGUUGCUCAUUAUUUAGGAGAACUUUGAGCUAUUAAUUUGCUGUCUGCUGUGUCUUUUCAAGUGUGGAUGAAGUUGAUUUAAAUAGAUUUGCAGACUAAUUUGGUUUUGCAACUAAUACUGAAGAUUACUGAUCAACCUAA